UUGCAAACCAGCCGAUUAGCAGCUAUAAAAAAAAGUAUAUUAAAAGCAAUUAGUAUAAAUAAAUAAAAAAUUAAGUUAUAUAUAAUAUAUUCAUUACAAUUUUCAUUUAUAAUGCUGAUGCAAAUUAUAAUUUCCAUGAUGCUGAUGACGACGUUUGAAACGACCCCGCUUAAUUAUCCACCAUGCCCCGUUAGUGAACAAGUCGAUCCUUUGCAAGUCUUAAAAAUAUUACAGGAUAAAUAUUACAUCAUAUCAUAUUCAAAUCAAGACAAUGUUUCUAAGAAAAUCAGAAAUAACAAAGCUCACAAUAAUUUCUUCUGGCAUACAUUUAAAAAUAGAAAACCGUUUUGCAAAACAGUGUCUAUAGAAAUUCCUGAUCUUAUUGACAAGGUUACUAUUCCAAAUAAAAUCAUGGAAGUGACACUUGUGAACGAAUUGGGUAAACUAUUCUGUAAACAAGUAAAAAAAGAAAUUGUAUAUUUAGAGGAAGAAAAAUAUUGCAACAAUCAUAUAAACGCACGCAUGUACGUUAUAAAACGCAGAGAAAUUGUAGUAGCGUACGAAUACAUGACUUAACAAAAACAAUGGUUGUCGGUGCAGUAUACUUCAAGAACAGUUAUUUUUGCUUUAUUUUUUUAAUAUAAAUACAAAUAUCAAUGAUUUUUUCCAACAAUAUGUUGGCGAUGACGAUAAUGUUGUUUUAAAAGGUUUCAUUUGUCAAGGAAUCUACAUAACUUAUUAUUUAUAGAGACGUUGAAAAGAAAAAAAAAAGGUUUAAUAGCUAAUAAAGUAGCUUUUUUAUUUAUCAACAUUUUUUUGUAUAAUAUUUAUAUCUUUUUUGUAAAUUAUUUUUCAA